AUGGACCACAGAAAUAGCACCCCGCGGGCCCGCCCGUCGCUCAAGUUCGCAAACCGUAGCUACCAAGCUUCGCCUCUGAACCCGAACAAGCGACUCGGCACUCCUCAGACUGCGCCUUCCCAGAAGGUCUUGAACCGCGAUCCCUUGCCCUCCAGCAACCUCAACACAAGCACCAUCUCUACUGCUUCAAACCUCUUCCGUUCGUCCUCCAUUACCGCGAGCCCGGCCGCUGCCCCUUUCGCUCCCAGCCUGCCUGCGAGCGCCAUGAAGAAGGUUUUCGCGCCCGGCGCCACUCCGGCUUCACAGAAGGUUUAUCGCGAGAACAUUGCCCAGGCCACCCCUCGAGGCCUCGCUUCCAAGUCGAACUCCGCCGAGCUGUUCCACAUGCGCAUUCCCUCCCCCCCUCCCGAGCUCACCGGCGAGGCUCUUGCGCGAGAUAUCCCUCCCGAGCUCGAGGCAAAGGGCACCGUGUACGCGGAUCAGUACCUUAGCCAUCUGGUUCCUGCCGAAUACGACGACUUGCAGCGACGCCAACUCUUUUGCGUUCUGGAUCUUCGUCGUCUCAAAUAUGCGGCCAACGAGAUUUUUGCCAAGAAGGACUGGAAGCUCAACAUCAUGAACUUCGCAAAGGAGUUCGAGAAGAGCCGGAGCCUGAUCAUGCUCAGAUAUGGCCUGUACGAGUUCAAGAACGUCAAGCCCUCCGAUGAGGUUCUGAAGAAGUGGAGAGCCGCUCACAAUUUGCCUGAGCCUGAGGAGGACGCCGCCGCCGAUGCCAGCCCGUCCAGGCAGACUACUCGCUCCAAGCGCAAGGCCGAGGAGCAACUUACCCCCAAGGACACGGCACUGUCCACGGCAUCGCCCAACAAGAACAACAAGCGACGUGCCUUUGACCGAGAGGAGGAAGAGCCCGUUGCCACGCCUGCACCCAAGAACAAGAGGAAGGCUACCGUAACUGACGAGGCAGACGAGAACCAGCCCUCCAAGUUGCAAAAGUCGACUUCGACUCCCUCCUCCAACACCAAGAGCAUGUUCGAGCGUAUCGCCAACAACCAGGGGCCUGCCUCAACACCGAAGGCAACCCCCAAGGCUCCCGAGCCUAAGCCUAACCCUUUCGCCGCUGCCUCCCAGGGCGCCAAUGGUGGACCCACAAAGUCGGUCUUUGAGAGUCUCAAGCCGCCCCAAGGCGGAAACAUCUUUGGCUACCUCUCGGACAACAGUUCCGCGAAGAACAGCGGUGUGGAGGCCGACGGUGAGAGUGAGACCGAUUCCGAGGAGGAAGAGGCGGAGACUCAAGAAGCCGGCCAGCAGAGCUACGAGCCCAGCGUGGCCGCUAGUGGUGACGCCGAGACGCCGUUGGCCCAGCCCACUUCUAGCCUCUUUGCUGCGAAGAAGCCACUCUUCUCCAGCGGCGCUGCUACGGCUCCCUCUAGCACCUCUUCCGACGCAAGAGAGACCACGCCGAAGAGCCUGUUCGACCGCGUUACCAAGGGAAAUGACGGUCAGCCUGUCCGCGCGGACUCUGCUGAGCCCGCAGCCAAGGAGCCCGCGCCGGCCCCCAUCGAUGCCACCUGGAAGCCCGACAGCCCGAUCAAGUUCGGUGCUGGCCCCGCUCCUACCGCCGGCAGCAGCCUCUUUGGGGCUUCUACUAACGGAACAUCGAGCUCCAUCUUCGGUGCCAAGCCCGCUGCGCCCGCCUCCAACUUAUUCGGCGCGCCGAAGCAGGAUAAGCCGGCCGAGGAGCAGCCCAAGUCGAGCAAGCGUUCUGCCCCCGACGAUGCCGAGUCUGACAAGGAGAACAGCUCAAAGCCUCCUGCCAAGUCUCCCUUUGCCGGGUUUUCUGCCGGUUUCCAGCCGAAGACUACGGAAGAGCCCAAGAAGGAUGAAGCUCCAAAGCCCACUGCCCCGACCUUCUCGUUCGGCGCUUCCGCUCCCAAAGCAGAGGAGGCCAAGCCUGCGGCUCCGGCUUCCAACUUGUUCGGCUCUCAGGAGAAGCCUGUCAUGCAGUCGGCCACACUGUUCGGCGGCGGCAAGCCCCAGGAAUCUACUCCCGCUGCUGAACCGGUCAAGCCCCUGUUCGGAGCGAGUACCUCUGGAACCGCCAGUCCGUUCCAAUCCAGCACUCUCUUCGGUGGUCAGGCGCCUGCCUCAAGCACUUCCAGCCUCUUUGGCGCAAAGCCUCAGGAGCCUGCUACUCCCAAGGCACCUGAGCCGGCCCCAGCCGCCUCAGCAGCUCCCAUCUUCAGCUUCGGUGGCAGCAAGCCUGCCGAGUCUAACCCUCUCUUCGGUUCGCAAAAGCCAGAGGCCGAUCAACCCAUGUUUGGUGGUAGUCCCAUGAAGCAGGAUGGCCCUCCGGCGAAGAAGCAAUUCAACGCGCCAGCUCCCUCCACCUCCUCUUUCACCUUUGGCGCGUCCCAGAGCGCCCCUUCCUCCAACUUGUUCGGUGGUUCUUCCGAGCCUCAGACCAACGGAAACGCUGCUCCAAGCUUCGGGUCUGGAGGCGGUUCGUCUUUCACGUUCAGCGCCGGUGGCGGUGGUCAGUCGUUCAACAACCCCUUUGCUUCCAACGGUGACUCCAACUCUGCGCCUACAUCCUUCAACUUUGGAGGUGGAUCUUCUGCGCCCUCCAGCGGAUCUACUCCCUUCCAGUUCGGUGGCGGUGGUUCAUCUUCUGCUGCUCCGGCGAGCAGCUCUCCUUUCCAAUUUGGAGGUGCUUCGUCGCAGCCUGCAGCCCCUGCUGCUCCAAGCGCGUCUGCAUCUUUCACCUUUGGUGCGAACAACGGCGCAAGCAACCCCGCUCCGGCUCCGUCUGCAUCCGCCUCAUUCACGUUUGGCGCAUCCAACGGUGCUGGAACUUCCGCCCCUGCCGGCCAGAAGCCUCUGUUCGGAGCGUCCAACUCUGCCCCCACUAGCAACCUCUUUGGUGCUAAGCCUGCGCAGCCUUCCGGCAUGUUCGGAGGCCUGCAGCCUCCUGCUGGUGCUUCAACUACCGGGACCAACUCACCCUUCAACUUCGGAGGUGCCUCUAGCCUCGCUACGACGCCCGCGACCGGUACGCCCGAGCCUGCGGCGGAGGCUGAGAAGGCGGCUGCCAAUGGUGAGGGCGACGAUGCGGAUGGCAAGCCUCACGAGCAGAUCAAGCUCACCGAGGGUGGUCCCGGCGAGGAGGAUGAGACGGUCGCGCAUGAGGUGCGCGCCAAGGUCAUGAAGUUUGUCCCUGCUGGGUCUGAGGAGGAUGACGGGGAUGACCAGCCGAAGAACAAGAGCCCUUGGUCCACGAAGGGCAUCGGCCCAUUCCGUCUCCUCAAGCACAAGACCACCGGCGCCGUGCGAAUGCUUCUCCGAGCCGAGCCUCGUGGCCACGUUGUGCUCAACAGAACGGUCCUGCCCAGCGAGACGUACAAGGCGGAGAAGAAGUACGUCAAGCUGACCACUUCUAACGAAAAUGGCACUGGCCUCGAGACCUGGAUGGUCCAGGUCAAGACCGAAGACAUGGCAAAGGGGCUCGCUGCUGCCUUGGAGUCUCAUAAGUCAGCCAACGCCAAAUAA